AAACAAACAUAUACAUACGCACUUCGAAUAUGCAUUGGAUGCAAUAUAGAAUACCAUAACUGUUUGUUUCUAAUGUUUUGAUUUUAAAGUAUACUACGGAGAUCAUGGAUCCGUUUACAUAUCUGUCUACAGAUACAAGUCGUGUUUCUACAGAGCAAGAACACGUUACUGACCACAAUAAAGACGACUUGGCACAACAAUUGAAUGAUGAGAUGACACGUGCUGUUCUACCAGUUACAGUUUUUGUUGGAAUUGAAGUGUUUGCAGCGUUUUUUGGGAACCUACUUGUGAUAUAUGUGUUCCUGUUUCGGUAUCAUGUUUGUAACUUCAGAUACUUUGUGCUCUGCUUGGCUUUCACCGACAUCACGAGCAGUUUAACCACAAUGCCGGGAGAGAUGGUGACACAACUAUAUUGGUACGUGUAUCCCAUGCCAGAAGUGUGCAAAAUUAAAUCAUUCUUUAAUGUGUUCACUGUAUCCGCCGAGGCACUGUGUCUUCUAAUCAUUGGUGUGGACCGCUAUAUGAAAGUGUGUCGGCCUCUAGGUUGGCAAAUGAAGCCUAAACAUGCAAAAUAUGUAUGUGGAAUUAUAUACAUUAUAGCAUUUAUAUUGGCCGUGCCUGUGUAUUUCUUCUGGGGGACGCAUACCAACGAGAAAAUCUACAAAAAUACGACAAUAACAGUAACAAUAUGCGAGAAAGACGAGAAAUGGUUAAAGACAAAUCAUCCACUUCAAUAUUCCGUAACAGUUGAAGUGAUUAUUUCCCUAUGUCUCGUUUUAAUGUUUGUUUUGUAUGUGUUCGUUGCCAGAAGACUUCUAAUGAAUAAACGUUUUCGCACCUACACUUCAGGACAACGAUCACCCACAACUUCUAGCAGUAUAGAGACUUCUCCCGAUCCGAUAGAAGUAAAUUCAACACCGGAUGUCAGCGAAUCUGACUUCUCAACAGGAGAAGAUAGAAAAUCAAGUAACUUGAACGUGCAAGACUGUGACAGAAAUAUUGCCGGUAAUGCAGCCAGACCAGAAAGUCGAAAAAGUACUCUUUCUGGAAUAAGCGUUGAUGAUGACCAGGAUCAUCGGGAAAAACGCAAUAAGAUAUCAACUCAUCACAGUAACCCCAGGCACAGUGGUACACACGACAUGGCAUCACGAGUCCGGAGGAAAACGCUCAUCAUGUUUAUUUUGACGGUUGUUUUUAUAAUUACAACGAUAUUGUACCUAACAUUGCUGUCGUUCAUUGCAAGAUCAAUUUUGGACACUAUGAGCAAUAGCAGCAAAGCCGUCUAUUUCUUUUUCUUUCGCCUUUAUUUCAUCAACCACGUGAUUAACCCGAUCAUUUAUGGAGUGCUCGAUCCGCACUUCAGACAAGUUAUGAGAAAUUUCAGAAAUGCUUUUUCAUCUUCAGACGUUUCGAAAUAGGGACGGCCAUACGUCACAUAUGUAACAUUGAAAGAAGAUAAUGUCAGGCAAUUAUAAAUAAUCGUUACGGAAUUGUAAUCUGUUAUUUGAUGCUGUAUGAAUAGUAUUUUAUUGUUUGUCUAAACAUUUAAAAGUAUUUACUGUAAAGACGUUUAAAAAGAACUAGCCUUGUCUUGGAUUCGAUACCUGUUAUAUUUUAGAUAUAUAGAAAGAGUUAUUUUUGUGCUCCCCAUCGUUCCGUUGUUGUUUUUGUGUG